AAUUGUGCUCCGAGCCGCCGCCAGCGCCAGCCGCAGCAGCUCCGGCUCCUCCUGCGCCCGCCCGCCCGCCCGCCCUCCAUCCCUCCCUCCCUCCCUCCCGCACGGCAGCCGCGCUCGCCCAGCGGACGGGGUGUAAGGCAGCGACGUCGGCAGGAGCAUGGCCCGUACCAAGCAGACCGCCCGCAAGUCCACCGGCGGCAAGGCGCCCCGCAAGCAGCUCGCCACCAAAGCCGCCCGCAAGAGCGCGCCCUCCACUGGCGGGGUGAAGAAGCCGCACCGCUACAGGCCGGGUACUGUGGCUCUGCGUGAAAUCAGGCGCUAUCAAAAGUCCACCGAACUUUUGAUCCGCAAACUCCCCUUCCAGCGUCUGGUGCGUGAAAUUGCUCAGGACUUCAAGACAGAUCUGCGCUUCCAGAGCGCUGCCAUCGGUGCUUUGCAGGAGGCAAGUGAAGCCUACUUGGUUGGCCUGUUUGAAGACACCAACCUGUGUGCUAUCCAUGCCAAACGUGUCACAAUCAUGCCAAAAGAUAUCCAGCUAGCGCGCCGCAUACGUGGGGAGCGUGCCUAAAACCUCACCACGAUGGGUUUGUCAUUCUCGAAGCAAAAUCUUCUUCCUGUUAUUGGUAGUAAUGAACGUUAGAUAUUUUUUCCAUGGGGUUAAAAGGUACCUUAAGUAUAUGGUUGCAAGUGGAAAAAUAGGGGACAGAAUUGGGUAUUGGCAAGUUUUCUUUCCAUUUUCAUUUGUGUGUGGAUUUUUAAUAUAAACAAGGGGACAUAAAAACAAUCAAUGUGGUCAAAAAAAAAAACAUUAAUUGUUGAAACUUGUUCACCAAAACAACUUUAUAAAAAAAAAAAUAUAAAUAAACCUGUCAAAUUUUUCUGGACAAUGCCAGCAUUUGGAUUUUUUUAAACAAGUAAAUUUCUUAUCAAUGGCAACUAAAUGGUGUUUGUAGCAUUUUUAUCAUACAGUAGAUUCCAUCCAUUCACUAUACUUUUCUAACUGAGUUGUCCUACAUGCAAGUACAUGUUUUUAAUGUUGUCUGUCUUCUGUGCUGUUCCUGUAAGUUUGCUAUUAAAAUACAUUAAAUGA